AUGCCUAUCCUUAAGAACCUCCCGGGGAGAAACCAUGGGAAUGGUGACCUCAUCCUGCCCAGGUUAAACUUGGACCUGAACCCCUUCGAGGAGGUGGACCUUGAGGAAGAGAGGAAUGAGGGUGACCCCCCCAUUUUGGGGGUCCGUGGAGGAAGAAUCUUCCAGCGCAGGUCGUCACGUGACGGGGAAGAGGAGGAGAAUGAGGUGAACACGGAGAGGCAUGGCCCCGAGGCCCCUAAAGGAGGAGGGGGGAGGCCCCUGAGGGGAACCCUCGAGCGGCUGUGCGGCUCUUCGCCCCUGAAGACCCUGGGGAAGCUGGGGAAGGGGCUGCGUAUGUCGGGGUGCAGCGUGUGGGGGACCAGCCCAUCCCAGCGAUGCCACACAGACCCCCACUCGCCCCAGCCAGAGAAAGAGAAGAGGAAGGGCCUCCGCAGGAGCUCAGAGGAGAUCAUGACCCUGCUCCGGUAAGAGGGAGGGGUUGCUGAUCUAGGAUCAGUUAUGCCUUUUAGAUCACAAUGAAGAUUGCAUGGACAGGGAGAACCUGAUCCUAGAUCAGCAUUCCCACUCUGAGAUGCUUUAUAAAUAUGGGCUCAGAGCUACAGAUUAACAUAAAUGUAAUCUCUAUAUAUAAUAUGACUCAGAAACUAUUUUAAUUCGUCAUGUCUAGACCAAAGAGCUUUCGUUGUGUUCCUUUAAUUACUGAUUUGCUUGGCUAUCCAAUCCCGGCAAACUGAUUUUCCUGUUACCGGGUAGGACUGAGACCCCCUAUCAAGCCGUAACAAAAUGACGGAAAUGCUCACAGCAUAUAGCAUAAUCAUUUCCUAAUUGGUUAUGUAAUAUAACAAUUUUCCAUGAGUUACCAUGUUAAUGCACAGAACUGCCUUUGUUUGCUAAUACUAUGGUGUGUACCUAAGCACUAUUUAUAAACAUUGUUUUCACUUUGACUGCUGCCCUCAGGUAGAGCCAGCAAUCAAAUAUACCAAUCUGGAAUGCUUAGAGCUACAAUCACCUCUCAAGCAUUUAAAUACCUGCUUAUUUAUUGCAUAUGAUGCCUAGUCUAGAUAUGGUGGUCACAUGUUAACAUUGAACUCUACAGUAUUUGGUAACAAUUAUGUAUCACAUUCCCUUUAUAUUUUAGAUGGUACCUUAAUUUCCACACAAUAUCUCAGACUCUGGGAAUCCACACAUAGCCAUUCUUGCCCUUCAAAGUCCUACUGUGACAUAAUAUAGUUCCGAUCCUCUCCUGAUGGUUCUCUUCUGCUUGUAGAUUUGCAGGGCGGCGGAAGCAGACGCAGCACAGAGAGAGCCUGCCCUGUGGUGACCUGAGCACCGACAGCGAGGCUGAGUCCUGCCACCGUCCCUCCUUCCUCAGGAUGGUCAGCCUUGCCAAGCUGAAGAGGGAGUCCCUGUCGGACCACAACUCCCAGGAGACCGAGGAGGAGCUGGAGGAGGAGCCACCAGUGGUAAUACCCAGGGAACCUCUCUCAGGUAUACAAGGCGCUCCAAAACAAACCAAUCGGGAGGGGAGAUAUGGUAUGUUUCCUGCAGGUCCAACCAAUCACAGCGCACCUAAUCUGAAACAUCUGAAUCAUGGAAGGGUCAGUGCAGGUUACUUCUGUCUGUGGCAUGAGCACCUUAGACCUCCAACAGUAAGUGUUUGUAAGUUUCAGUGUUUACUUUACGAGUCAGGAACUUCCUGGUCAGGUCCUGCAGUACUUCUUCCCCCAAUCCCACGCUGCUUUCUGAUGAGCUGUGAGCAAUCCCCGGACCCCGAGUCAUCGGGCUCAAUCAGCACCAGACUGUGAAAGACGGAAAUGACUGACUUCCUCCCACUGCAGAUCCCUUUAGAUAGAUCUACAUCCAGAGCUACUGUUCGUGGAGCUCAAUAUGGACCAAAACAGACAAGGGACAAUCAAAGGACAGUGUAGUACAUUGCAUGUUCACAACAAUCCAAAAUGCCAGGUCAAGAGAUACUCAAUAUCACACAUAUCACCACCCUUCAAUUUGUCAAUGUUGAUAUUUCACACACAAUAUAGCCUUUUUCUCUUCACUUACCCCACACGUUUAUACCCAUACAGUAAUACUCUGUACAAACCAAUAGACUAAACAGUAUGACAUUGAUUCCUCUCUCUCUUCUUCCCUCUCUUCCCUCAGUUCUGGAGAUCCUGCAGCUGGUCAACCAGAGGGACCUCCUCCUGGCCGACACACACAUCCAGGAGCUGGAGCGUGAGUACGAGCUGAUGGCCCUCCUGCCCCACCCCCCCACACCUCCAUCCACUCUUCCCAGAGUGAUCCAUCACGGGUCCUUCGACGACCCCUCCAGCCCCAAUGUGUCACGGGACGCCAGCCGUCGCAAGGCCAAGGAUGUGGAGUUGCUGUACGAGGCCCUUCAGAAGGAGAUGUGGGACGUCGUGAGGGAGUCCCUCCGACAGCCAACGGCCGGGCCCAAACUGGGGCUGGUGGUGCUGGUCAUCCAGCAGGAGGAGCAGGCCGACACCGCCCAGGCACAGAAAGAGGAGACCCAGCCCCUGAGGGAGGACCUCCAGCCCCAUCCUAGCCAGCGGCCUCGUCAGUUCAAGCUGAAAUGGCGGCAGGCGGUGGGGGAGGCAUCUGACUGGAGCCUGCCCCAGCAGGUGAAAACUCAGGCAGGGCAGCUAGCCUCGUACCUGGAGCGGCUGAGGGGCCGCAUGGUGGACGACCUUGAUGCGGCGCGGAGGAACGUUGUGUCGGUCUACCCGGAGGAGUUCCAGGCCUUCCAGGUGUACGUGCAGAGCUACCACCGGGCGGUGGUCCGACGCCUGAACAUCAUCACCAGCUCCCAGCUGCAGAUCACUGAUGUCUACUCCCUGCUGGACUGGUUCUACAACAUCUACAACAGGUCAGUGUCAGAACUCAUAUUAUAACAACAUUAAGCGAAAACAGAUCUUUAUACAUUUUUGUACAUUUAUUAAAAAUAAAAAACUGAAAUACCUUUUUUACAAAAGUAUUCAGACCCUUUGCUACGAGACUCGAAAUUGAGCUCAGGUGCAUCCUGUUUCCAUUGAUCAUCCUUGAGAUGUUUCUACAACUUGAUUGGAGUCCACCUGUGGUAAAUUCAAUUGAUUGGACAUAAUUUGGAAAGGCACACAUCUGUCUAUAUAAGGUCCCACAGUUGGAAAAACCAAGCCAUGAGGUCGAAGGAGUUGUCUGUAAAAAAUGACUGCAGCAUUGAAGGUCCCCAAGAACACAGUGGCCUCCAUCAUUCUUAAAUGGAAGAAGUUUGGAACCACCAAGACUCUUCCUAGAGCUGGCCGCCCGGUUAAACUGAGCAAUCAGGAGAGAAGGGCCUUGGUCAGGGAGGUGACCAAGAACCCAAUGGUCACUCUGACAGAGCUCCAUAGUUCCUCUGUGGAGAUAGGAGAACCUUCCAGAAGGACAACCAUCUCUGCAGCACUCCACCAAUCAGGCCUUUAUGGUAGAGUGGCCAGACGGAAGCCACUCCUUAGUAAAAGGCACAUGACAGCCUGCUUGGAGUUUCCCAAAAGGCACCUAAAGACUCUAAGACCAUGAGAAACAAGAUUCUCUGGUCUGAUGAAACCAAGAUUGAACUCUUUGGUCUGAUUGCCAAGCGUUAUGUCUGGAGGAAACCUUGCACCAUCCCUAUGGUGAAGCAUGGUGGUGGCAGCAUCAUGCUGUGGGGAUGUUUUUCAGCAGCAGGGACUGGGAGACUAGUCAGGAUCAAGGCAAAUAUGAAUGGAGCAAAGUACUGAGAGAUCCUUGAUGAAAACCUGCUCCAGAGCGUUCGGUACCUCAGACUGGGGCGAAGGUUCACCUUCCAAAAGGACAACGACCCUAAGCACACAGCCAAGACAACGCAGGAGUGGCUUCGGGACAAGUCUCUGAAUGUCCAUGAGUGGCCCAGCCAGAGCCCGGAUUUGAACCCGAUCGAACAUCUUUGGAGAGACCUGAAAAUAGCUGUGCAGCAACACUCCCCAUUCAACCUGACAGAGCUUGAGAGGAUCUGCAGAGAAGAAUGGGAGAAACUCCCCAAAUACAGGUGUGCCAAGCUUGUAGCGUCAUACCCAAGAAGACUUGAGGUUGUAAUCGCUGCCAAAGGUGCUUCAACAAAGUACUGAAUAAAGGGUCUGAAUACUUACAUAAAAUAUAUUCUUUAUUUUUAUUUUUAUAAAUUAGCAAAAAUGUAUACAAACCUGUUUUUGCUUUGUCAUUAUUGGGUAUUGUGUGUAGAUUGAUGAUGAAAAAAAAACAAUUUAAUCAUUUUUAGAAUAAGGCUGUAACCUAACAAAAUGUGGAAAAGGUCAAUGGGUCUGAAUACUUUCCGAAGGCACUGUAAGAACAUUUAGUAAGUCCAUGUACGUGUAUAUGAACAUAUAGAUCUUUACAGGUAUUCAAUCAGAUCUGAAAUGUGAGACUUUAAUGAAUAGUGACACACAGUAGCACUUCUUCACUUUCCCUCUCAUCUUUUCAAGGGAUGUCCUGGGCACCGUUGGCACGAAAACCCCUAUUAACUACUCCCCACUGGAACCCCUACUGCAUCGAGAUACAGUGGACCGACUGGAACAGGACUGCCUGAACACUGUCAGGGUAAAAUCAUACUUCCUUUAAUACUGAACACUGUCAGGUGACAACUUUCCCACUGAUAGAGGUAAUGUUUCUGGCACUAAUCUAAUGGUAAUGGAACUGCCUAUGCUUGGAUAGACAGUGGACUUCAUGGUUGUGUGGGUUCUGUUGUUUAUCUCAGGAGAAGGUGACCACAGAGCUCACUCAGGUUCUGGAUGAGGAGGAGAGGCGGUGGGCCCAAAUGCUGCACGUAGAGGAGUACCAAUCCAAUCUGGCCCGCUCCAUCAUCCAGGUCUGUCACACUGUCACUCAGAGACACUACUGUACAGUAUAUCUGUAGGUCACAAUUACCAAGCCAGUAUGGUGACACCAGAAUGUCCAAAUUGGACAUUGUGGCAAAGAACUCUAAGACAUUUGUAAAUCUCCCAUGAAUAUUCAGGAAUUACCUAUUUUGGCUGGUUGGAUUUUGAAGUUCCUACCCUUAUCAGUGUGUAUGUGUGUGGCUGUAACAGAGACUGAAGGUGGACCUGGACAGAUCCACAACUGUAAGCCCGUUUCUGGGGGCCAGGGUGGCCCGCUGCAGUCUAAAUGGACUGUCUGACUUCCUGUACAGGUGAGGAGAAGAUGUACUUAUAGAGACAUGGACAAUGAGUAUAUUCAAUCAACAACCUGUAUGUAAAUCGAUAUAUGGAUUUAAUUUCAUAAUGUUACUGUGUGUCCAGUUUCCAGAGAAAAGUGGAGAUGUUCCAUGAGACCCAGGCUGAGUUUGGGGACCGGGGUGAUGGAUACAUCUCCAGGACCAUCGCUCUGGUCAACUGUUGUCCUCCUCUGAGGUAGAUACCAAGACAGAGAAGUCAUCUCUUGUGGCAACUGUGUUGACUGAUGCUCCAUUCAAAUGCUCAUUGAAAACGUGUAUUUUCCAGUUGGUGAAGUCGUAAAUGCGACAAGAGAGCAUUCAAGUACAUAGACCAAUGAGUUAGCUAGAUAAUCCAGCCCGCUAGCUAAACUUGCUAACAUUGUGAAUAAUAAGUUAACUAUCUUGCUAAAGUUAACAUGGUCAAACUAGGUUAUCCACAUGAUUAAGGUUGUAAAUGGUUCAAAUGGUUUUUACAUGUCAGAAAUACGAUCAUUCCGAGACCAACAGUGUUUGCAUUCCAAUUUUUGUGUAGGUCCUUUGUACGGCGCUGCAGGCAGUGUGACCCACAGGGCAGUGAGGAGUCCACACAGAGCGCUAACUCCUCCCUGGACAGGAUCGUUAACCAAUCAGGGAGGGUUCUGACAGAAAAACUAUUUGAGCACAUCAGGGUGAGGCAAUGUGCUUUUUAAAGUGUUACAUCCUCUUUUGGUAGAGUGGUAAAACUGUUUUCCUUACAAUUUAUCGAUACAAAAUAUUUAUAAAUUUAUCGAAACAUUCCUUCCCCAAUACACAACUCACCAAGUCCACACUUAUUCAUGACUGAUCAAACACAAACAAACAUGCUCUAACGUUAGCACAAAUGUUUUGCAAUAGGAGAAGCUGUUCAUGUGAAUGAAAGCUGUGCAUUUCUAUUCCAGCCGUUCUGUGACAAGCUGGUGAAGAGGAAGUGGCUAAACAACACUGAGGCCUUUGAGGCCAUCGAAGCAAGCAUCAAGCAACACUUUAAGAAGUUCAGAAGAAUGGACUGCCCACCUUAUCAGGUAUCCACCAAUGACCACAUAACUGACACGAUAACAUGUUGCGGGAAAUACAUAAAAUAAUACAUAUUUGCCCUUUUUAUCCCAAUAUUCAUUGUUUAUCAACACUUAUAUUGCAAUUGAGGGACUGAAUGGUUGAUUAGUUGAUUAUUUGAUUGACAGAUACUGGUAGGGGAGGUACACAGGCGGGUCCUGGUGGAGUAUGUGCGUGCGAUCAUGCGAGGACGGAUCAUCUGCACAUCAUCGAAGAUGAGGAAGAGGAUGGCGUUCCGACUUCAGGACGAGGCCAAGCAGCUCAAAGGACUCUUCAAAGACCUGGUCAGUCAUCCCUCUGAUUUAUGGUCAUAAUGACCACAAACGUAUAGUUAUGAAUAUAACUACUGUUCCCUGAGGGAGGGAACAGGGUAUAACAAACUAUGGGGAGUCAACGACCAAUCUAAUUCACCUGAAGAAAACUGAAAUCUCGCCCAACGGGCCAAUGAAUGCCAAGCCCUCCCUUGGAAGCCCCGCCUUCCUGGCUAUAAUACCGGGGCUUGCAUUUAUUUCCUCAAUUCAGUACCGCUCUUCAGCGAGCCCAAAACCCCUGACGGCGCAGGGCCAAAAUGUGUUAUACCUUGUUCCCUCCUUCAGCGAACAGUAGUUAUAUUCAUAACUUUAUGUUCCCUUUCAGUCAGUCACUCGUUAUAACAUACACGAUAUAUACAAAAGUAUGUGGACACCCCUUCAAAUUAGUGGAUUCGGCAAUUUCAGCCACACCUGUUGCUGACAGGUGUAUAAAUUUGAGCGCACAACCAUGCAAUCUCAAUAGUCAAACAAUGGCAGUAGAAUAGCCUUACUAAAGAGCUCAUUGACUUUCAACGUGGAACCGUCAUAGGAUACCACCUUUCCAACAAGUCAGUUCGUCACAUUUCUGCCCUGCUAGAGCUGCCCCGGUCAACUGUAAGUGCUGUUAUUGUGAAGUGGAAAUAUCUAGGAGCAACAACAACUCAGCCGCGAUGCGGUAGGCCACAAACGCUCAAAGAAUGGGACUGCCGAGUGCUGAAGCGCAUAGCGCGUAAAAACGACUCAGUCCUCGGUUGCAACACUCAAUACCGAGUUCCAAAUUGCCCCUGGAAACAAUUUGAGCACAAGAACUCUUAGUCGGGAGCUUCAUUAAAUGGGUUUUCAUGGCCGAGCAUCCGCACACAAGCCUAAGGUCACCAUGCACAAUGCCAAGCGUUGGCUGGAGUGGUGUAUCACACUUCACCACUCUGGAGCAGUGGAAACGCAUUCUCUGGAGUGAUGAAUCACGCUUCACCAUCUGGCAGUCCGACGUACUAAUCUGGGUUUGAGGAUGCCAGGAGAACGCAACCUGCCCGAUAGCAUAGUGCCAACUGUAAAGUUUGGUGGAGGAGGAGUAAUGGUAUGGGGCUGUUUUUCAUGGUUUGGGCUAGGCCACUUAGUUCCAGUGAAUGGAAAUCUUAACGCUAUAGCAUACAAUGACAUUCUAGACGAUUCUGUGCUUCCAACUUUGUGGCAACAGUUUGGGGAAGGCCCUUUCCUGUUUCAGCAUGACAAUGCCCCUGUGCACAAAGUGAGGUCCAUACAGAAAUGGUUUGUCGAGAUCGGUGUUGAAGAACUUGACUGGGCUGCACAGAGCUCUGACCUCAACCCCAUCGAACACAUUUGGGAUGAAUUGGAACGCCGACUGCGAGCCAGGCCUAAUUGCCCAACAUCAAUGCCCGACCUCAUUAAUGCUCUUGUGGCUGAAUGGAAGCAAGUCCCCGCAGCAAUGUUCCAACAUCUAGUGGAAAGCCUUCCCAGAAGAGUGGAUGCUGUUAUAGCAGCAAACGGGGGACCAACUCCAUAUUAAUGCCCAUGAUUUUGGAAUGAGAUGUUCGACGAGCAGGUGUCCACAUACUUUUGGUAAUGUAGUGUACUAUGGGGACAUACAAUCAUGCCCCAAGCCAUCUCUCGAGGGUACCAAACUAGGAUGCCCAGGGCAGCCCAAGCACAAAGGUUCCACCACCUCAAAAAGGGGGUACAGAAGCCACCUUUUCCCCUAAUACUUACCCGAGAAGUCUGAACUGUCAGAGCCCCAUAUAGGGAACCAGAACCUGCUGCAACUUGGCUAUACACACUUACAUGAUUCCCCUGCAGCCCAGGUCCAUAGACCCCAUGGUUCCAAAAACAAUACUUACCUUGCAAGCCUGAAAUGUCAGAACUCGUACAAGGAACCGAAUGUCCAAAACAACAGACCACCUGUUGUGACUUGGUAAAGUGCAGACGUGCUGCAUAGCAUUGACCAGAGUUGAUGAACUACGGCAGCCCGAGGCUCAAUCCCACAGAAAACCUGCUGUAACCUGGAAACUGUAUAUUUGUGCGCUGCCACGGCAGCCCAAGGCUAAAACCCACAGGGUACUGUGGUAACCUGGAUAAAUGCACAACCUGCGCGCUGCGUAACUGUCACGCCCUGGCUCUGGGGACUAUGUUAUGUUGAGCCAGGGUGUGUAAGUCUAUGUUUAAUUUUCUAUGUUGGUCUGAGUGACUCCCAAUCAGAGGCAACGAGUGUCAGCUGGGUGUCUCUGAUUGGGAGCCAUAUUUAACUGUUUGUCUUGCACUUUGUGUUUUGUGGUUUCUUGUUCCUUUUGGUUUGUUUAUCGAAGGACUUCACGUUUCGUUCUUUGUUUUGAUCGUGUGAUCUAGUCAAUAAAUAUAAAUAUGUUCACCCGCAACGCUGCGCCUUGGUCCUCCUCCUUAAGCGAUCGUGACAGAAGAAACCACCAAGACCAGACCAAGCAGCGUGUCCAGGAGCCAUCGCUAAUAGAUCUCCGUGGCAGCUUCGACUGGGUCAAGCCCAUUGAGGAGCUGAGUGACGAGGGUUGGAGACAGAGGAGCGAGAGGUGGGCGAGAAUGUUGGAGGCCUGGUCCACGGGGAGGAGAGACCCCCAGAAAUUUUUUAGGGGGGGGCUCACGACGUCGGGGCAGCAGGAGGCCGCUAUGGAGCGGACCAGCGGGGUUGCAGAGGAGGCCGCCAGGUUACGGGGGCCACUGGUAGAAGAGGGGAUGGAAGGUGUAGAGGCACGGCGAGAGGUACUGGCGUGUGUUGCCAGUCCGGUCCGGCCCGUUCCAGAUCCCGGUGUAGAGCCAGUGGUGUGUGUCCCCAGUACGGUCCGGUCUAUUCCUGCUCCCCGCACCAAACCUACGGUGUGCGUCGACAGCCCAGCCCGGCCCGUUCCUGCGCUCCGCACCGAGUCUGUGGUGCGCGUCGCCAGCCCAGUUCGGCCCAUCCAAGCUUCCCGCACCAAGCCAGUGGUGUGCGUCGUCAGUCCGGCACGGCCCGUUCCUGCUCUCCGCACCAAGUCUGUGGUGCGCGUCGCCAGCCCGGUCCGGCCCGUCCAAGCUCCCCGCACCAAGCCAGUGGUGUGCGUCGUCAGCCCAGCCAGGCCCGUUCCUGCGCUCCGCACCAAGUCUGUGGUGCGCGUCGCCAGCCCAGUCCGGCCCAUCCAAGCUUCCCGCACCAAGCCAGUGGUGUGCGUCGUCAGUCCGGCACGGCCCGUUCCUGCUCUCCGCACCAAGUCUGUGGUGCGCGUCGCCAGCCCGGUCCGGCCCGUCCAAGCUCCCCGCACCGGGUCAGUGGUGCGCGUCGUCAGCCCGGUCCGGCUCAUUCCUGCUCCCCGCACCAAGUCAGGGGUGCGCUUCGUCAGCCCGGUCCGGCCCGUUCCUCCUCCACGCAUCAAGCCAGGGGUGUGCGUCGUCAGUCCAGCACAACCCGUGCCUGGGUCAUGUCCGGAGCCGGAUCCGCCGCCGAGGCGGAGUGCCCACCCGGUCCCUCCCCUGUUGUGGUUAUUUGGCGCGGCCGGAGUCCGCGCCUUUGGGGGGGGGUACUGUCACGCCCUGGCUCUGGGGACUAUGUUAUGUUGAGCCAGGGUGUGUAAGUCUAUGUUUAAUUUUCUAUGUUGGUCUGAGUGACUCCCAAUCAGAGGCAACGAGUGUCAGCUGGGUGUCUCUGAUUGGGAGCCAUAUUUAACUGUUUGUCUUGCACUUUGUGUUUUGUGGUUUCUUGUUCCUUUUGGUUUGUUUAUCGAAGGACUUCACGUUUCGUUCUUUGUUUUGAUCGUGUGAUCUAGUCAAUAAAUAUAAAUAUGUUCACCCGCAACGCUGCGCCUUGGUCCUCCUCCUUAAGCGAUCGUGACAGUAACACUCACAGCAGUUACAUCCAAGCGAUAAAACCUCACGAAGGUAUGUCGGGAACCCCAACUUGCUGCAGCACAGAUAUCACCGAUCGUCAUGCCCCUGAACAAUGCCCAAGCAGUCGCCACACCCUUAGUGGCGUGAGCACGCACACCGCUAGGCAACCCUUGUCCUUUGUUGGGAGAAAGCGCCCUACCCCGAGCUGGAUUAGCGAAACAGACAAAAAGCUGGUCACAAACACAGAUAUCCUUGGUCCUAUCCAUAUACAGUACGUGCGUAAAGCGCGCACCAGACACAGGCCAUGCAACCUCCAUUGUUCAUUGGAGGAGGUGAGAAAGGGAACAGCUCGAAAGCACGGAAGGGUUGUACUGAUAGCACGUAGAAAUCCCCAACUCACUAGGCAGACGCCAAGGCCAUGAGCAGGGCAGUCUUGUAGGAAAGGACCUUCAGGUCCACAGACUACAAUGGUUCAAACGGAGGCUCACACAGAGCAUCUGGGACCAUAGCCAGGUCCGUGCCAUAGGCUUAGACACUGGCCUGAGUUGACGCAAGCCUUUUAGGAACCACUCAACCAGAGGAUGAGACCCCGGGGUAGAGCCGUCAAUCCCUACAUGACAGCCGACUGUAUAGUCGUAAUCACGUUCGAGGGUAAACCCCUAGCCAUCAGAUUUAACCUUUCAGGAGCCAAACCCCUGCGGUCGUGGGUGCCAAACUUUACCGUGUGCCUGGGACCAUAGACCUGAUGACACGGAACCCUCCAAGGGUCCCUGCCCAACAGGCGGAUGAUCUCUGGGAACCAGGGUUGUCUGGGCCAACGGGGAGCCACCAGAAUCAACAACAGACCUUCCUGAUGGACCAUCGCAUAGAGCAGGAUCUGAGGCCACUGAUACGCCAAAGCGUUAGUUCCCAAUGGAGCGUCUAGAUCCAUCAUUGAGAAGAACAGACAAGAAUGCAUGUUUUCUCGCGAUGCGUAAGAUCUAUGUCAGUCCUGCCAAACCGGUCCCAUAUCUGGGCAACCACCGAGGGGUGCAGUCUCCGCUCUGUAGAGAUAGGACCACCCCCUGGAAAGCAGAGCCGCACCCAUGUUGAGAGAUCCGGGAAGAUACAUCGCCCUAAGCAACAGGAAAUGCGCACUGCUCCAUACGAACAGAUAAUGGUACAGGUUUAAGAGAGAGAGAGGCUGCAUCCCCUCCUGUCUGUUGAUGUACGCCACCACCGUCCUGUUGUCGGACCUUACCAAUACAUGCUGGCCCUCCAACAUCGGAAGGAAACAGCUCAGCCCUAGAAACAGUCAGUAGCUCUAGGUAAUUGAUAUGCAGCGCCCUUUGCGCUGUUGACCAAAUCCCUCUUCCUGAGCAGCCCACACACAGCACUCCCCAUCCCAGUAAGGAUGCAUCGGUUGUGAUCACCCUGCGAGACAGUACCCGGCCCAUGAGAACCCCCUGCAACAACAGUCCCUCCAAGGAAUCAACGCCCUUAGGCAUGACUGGGAUACCUUGAGCAGCUGAUGGCAGUGGCGAGAUGCGUCCAGACGCGUAGAAGUCACCCAGCACUAAUACAAAAGCAUCAACAGAAGUCCCAGAGGCACCACAGCUAUCAUAGAGGCCAUCAGACCCAAUAACCAUAGGCACAAGCAAAAAUACACUGAGUGCCCAAGCUGAAACUGCCAGACAGAGCCGGAAUGCUACCCUUCACUGUUGGGAUAAAAACGCAAGUCCAGAACGAGACCCAGAAACUGAAUGCGCUGAGCUGGAGUCAAACAACUGUGAUUCACUAUGAACCCCAGAGACUGAAUAUAAGAAACCAGCAUGGCAGUGUGGAGCUCCACCUGUUUCCUCGAUUCCGCUACGACCAGCCAAUCGUCCAGAUAUGCCAAUACUCUGAUCCCCUGGAACAGCACCGGUGCCAAAGCCACCUCCACCACCAUAGAAAAGGUGUGGGGAGAUAGGGAGAGCCCAAAAGGCAGGACCAGAAACUUAGGGCACACCCUCAAAAUGAAACUUCAGAAACUUUCUGUGGGGAGGAUGUAUAGCCACAUGAAAAUGAAGAACCCCUGUACCCCCUCAUCACCAUGAUGAAACUGUGCAUGCCCACCACUGGACAGAGCAUGCUGCCAGUCUCCCAUACCUUAUCUCCUGAAGAGGCAGAGCGCCACCCUGAGGACUUGGAUAUUCUUUUUUUUAAUCAUGCUUGUUUUCAUAUCCACCACUCUUGACAACCGUGUGUCUGAAUGUGGGGAAGGAACUGGUUUUAUUAUGCCCACACCUGGAUGAUAACACACUGUCAAUACUCCUGAUCACCAACGAAUCUUGGGUAGAAACAAUGUGCUUUCUUGGUACCUCCGUUCUGAUACCCAGCCCACACCGGGUUCGGGGACUUGCCCCAUUGACCGAGCCUCUUAGAAGCACUGUUGCCACAGUAAAUGCUUGGGGAGGAGGGCCCCACUGAGCAACCACCAUCGCCCCCAUACUUUCCCCCCACUGCCAGGAUAGUACAGCGGGACAGACACAGCACAAAAUCAGCCGUAGCAUGUAUUUCAUCGAGAAGCUCUGAAACCGGCUUCCACGCCUCCACGGUCUUAUUUAGCUCCUGCAGCAAAUCGAUAUGAUACAUCUGCAGCAUUGUGACCACAUUCAACGACAGGGCCGUCACACCCUCAGCCUGGUAUAUUUUGUCCAGCUGAUCCGCCGAGAACCGGCACUGUGUAUUUGGAAGCACUGUGCUAGAAUUAGCCCCCUUGUUAGCCUCUGGAGCUAAGUAACGUGCCAGCUUUCCAUCAAUCGGCAGUGUGUAAAUGAACCCUGCCUCCUCCAUACCCUCUACAUUAUUGAGCUCACCAUAACCUGGUAGCACCAGCCUGGUUGAAUGAGGGGAUUCCCAGGUCAUCGGCAAAAUCUUUAAACGGGUAAGCGACGCUUCACCGCUGCAUGGACAGGAGGUAAAUACCUUCCCCCAAACCUGGAGGAACUCCGCUGUGGGGGAGAAGACGGCCAAUCCACCCCAGGUGAUCUGCCAUCCUACAACACAGCUCCAUCAAAGGUUCAUUAACCACCAAUGGUUCACUCUCCCCCGCUGAAUCCAAAACCAGGGCUUUAGGCUCCCUGUACUGAUGUCAUCCGAUUCAGACUCUGAGAACCCUCCAGAGCCAACCAGGGAUAGUAUAUCAUCCCUGGAAUCUGGAGUCUGAACACUGCCUGAGAAACCGGAAUGAGCCUCACUCAGCUGGGAUGAAAACCCUAUCAACUCUAACCACCGCUGCUGCUCUCUCCCGGAAAACCUCCUGGGUGUGUUUCCACCCCAGGCAAACAGGACUGCACUCGCGAGUAUCUUUACUUUUCAUUGUGAAACCACAUGCCCUAGGGCACGGUUGGAGGUUCAAAUCAUCUGGUUAGCCUUUUUGAACUUACUCUUAGCACUGGCCCUCUUUCCCAAGCUUUCAGCAAACAGAAAAAACGAUACCAAGAGCCAAAACUCGCAAUAUCUAGGGGGACGAGUACGCUCUCCCCACUAACAGACACCUAAGUCGGAGCUGAAUCUGAAUCUCGAGUCCCGGCAUCCAUUGGCCCGUUUCAUUUUCAGUUUUCUUCAGGUGAAUAGGAUUGGUCGUUGACUCCCCAUAGCAUGUUAUACAGAGUGACCGACUGAAAAGGAACAACUAUCUGAACGCAGUAAGACGAUUAAGCUUAACACUCCCAACAAUUGUUUGGUAAACCCUAAGCGUGCAUUUAUAACAGACCUCUAACAGCAUACGAUACGCAUUUGUGCCAAUUUUGUUUGAAAUUGGUUAAGUGAAUGCUGAGGUGCUGAGGGAACAUAGGGCAGACCCUGUCAGUCUUUCCACUGAGAAACCUUUAUCGUAACAGUUGAGCUGAACUUUCUUUCUACACUUCUGACACUUUCUUUCUUCAUUCACGUCUGAUCGGUUUAUCUAAAAAAAAUAAACAGAUGACUUCCCUAUACUCUUCAUUGACCUUGUUCUGAAAAAUCACUUAGAAGCAGAUUUUAAAAAUAUAUUGUUUUAAAGAUGAAACAAAACGACUUGGGCUGAGGAAUGCAGAGGCCUGUCUGUUACGAAUGGUGCCGUGACCCUGGGGGUCGCCAGGUCAGGCAUAACUCAGACAGUGUUGAUACGGGGCAGAAGGCUGAAGAAUGGCCACUGUCAGCGAGAUGGAGAUGAAUGAGUGCAGGCCUACGUUAGUGUUAGCCAGGGGGUGGGAGAUUGUGAGGAACUGGGUCUGCCAGCAUGGCAUUUGCCCCUCUCCGAGAGCCAGUUCAAACAAAUGUCUGUCACCUCGGGCUGACAACAGGAAGUCUCUGUGUUCUGUGGAACUUCCUGUUCCUGUCAGCUGGAAGACUUUGAUGUGUUUCUGGGUAGCCUUGAUGGCCUUUCGCUUGAGAAGCAGAACGAGGCAUCUGUGGGAACUGGGGGUUGAAUUCGUUUAUAAUCGCUGUCUAAAAGGGAAGAGGCUAUUUUUAGUGGAUGGAGAGGUUAAGCUGUGUUAGCACACUGCACGCUGUUGUCUUUCUUUCUGAGAAAGUAGGUCUGAAAAACAUACAGCUCACAAAAAAAGUACUCUCUUAGAAAAAAUUAUUCAUAAAGGGUUCUUCAGCUGUCCCUGUAUGAGACACCUUUAUUGGUUCCAGGUAGAACCAUUUCAACAAAGAACGUUUAACACUAGAACCAUUUUCCCCAUACAGUCCCGGACAGUUCCUUUGACGCUCUUGCCACUUUAGAGCAUAUUUACAAAUGGUGCGAGAAGCUCCAGCCUUUUUUUCCAUUUAAGUCAAUCGUUAUGAUGCUUAUGAAUAUCAGCGGGAUGAAAGCUUCGCUACAGUUCAGUGAGACAAUCACCACACCGACCGACUCCAGAUAGUGAUGUGCGUAUCCCAUUGGUAGACGGCCUUAGAUACAGAACAGCAGUGUUCCUCUGAUUUGUCUAAUUAACGCAUUUUGAAAUGUAGAAGGCCUGCUUUUUACCACCGGCAACGGAGAUAAAAAGAGACCAAAUCAAUCAGGUUUUCAAACUGAGCUCAAAUACUAGUCGAAGUUGUGCUUCAAUAAAGAGCUAGAGAUGGGUUGUAAACUAAAGGGUAUUUAAAAGGCUUGAAUGUACGUGAAAUCAGAGCCAUAGUCUGACAAGCAAGAGCGAAGUCUUCCUUUGGGGAUUAUUUAAAAAAUAAAUACAAAAAUGUGGCUACUGAACAUAUCUGUUAUAACAUGACUUAAACCAGGAAGUCAGGAGAGCAUGAUCUGUUUCUCUCGUUCAAGUAGUGUGACAUACACAAGACACAUGGCCAUAUUAAAACACUAAUCUGUGUCCCAGCACACACACUCACACACACACACACACAUGCUCACACACAGAAACUACACACACACAUGCACACACACACACACACUGAAUGAGCUGAGGCAGCAGUCCUGUGUCUCAGUGCAGCCUCAAUCUUUUAUGUAUUAUUGUAUUCCAUUCAAGUCAGGUCCUGUCCGCGUGCCAGGUGCGGUAUCAUUGGGAUUCCCUGUCAAUCAGCGUAAUAAUUUAUUCUGAAAACCCACCACAUCGAGAGUCCAGAGGGUAGUAAAAUAUUUACUGUGUAGAAAUUGACUAGAUAUCCAUCUCUUAAGUGAUAUUUGCCUACUUAAUAAAAAAACUGCUGAAUUCAGUGUUUCAUUGACAAUGCAAUGGCUAGACAGGGCCCUAGUGUACAUCAGACCAGGGCCAUGUCCGAAUACCCAUACUUGUGUUCUAAAUAGUAGGCAUUUUGGAUAUGCAAAAAAAGUAUGUUUUAUAGUAUGUGACAUUUAGAAAAUGUAGUAUGCUUUAACACUAGAACCGCCUGGCCUUUCAGCCUAUAAGUACCUGCUAGAGAACGUUGCUGGUCUCCUUUAGCAUACGCAUCAGAUGCAUAUCAACCCGCAAGGUGUGCAAACAUAAGCACCAACGAUUGAUAAAGAGUGCAUAAAUCAAAUCACAUUUUAUUUGUCACAUGCGCCGAAUACAACAGGUGUAGACCUUACCGUGAAAUGCUUACUUACAAGCCCUUAACCAACAAUGCAGUUUUAAGAAAAAUAUGAUUUCUUAAAAAUAUUUACUAAAUACACUACCGUUCAUAAGUUUGGGGUCAGUUAGAAAUUUCCCUGUUUUCGAAAGAAAAGCAGAAAAAAAUGAUCAUCAAAUUGAUCAGAAAUACAGUGUAGACAUUGUUAACGUUGUAAAUGGCUAUUGUAGCUGGGAACGGCUGAUUAUUAAUGGAAUAUCUAGAUAGGCGUACAGUCCUGUGUUCCAAUGGCACGUUGUGUUUGCUAAUCCAAGUUUAUCAUUUUAAAAGGCUAAUUGAUCAUUAGAAAACUCUUUUGCAAUUAUGUUAGCACAGCUGAAAACUGUUGUGCUGAUUAAAGAAGCAAUAAAACUGGCCUUUUUGAGACUAGUUGAGUAUCUGGAGCAUCAGCAAUUGUGGGUUCGAUUACAGGCUCAAAAUGGCCAGAAACAAAGAACUUUCUUCUGAAACUCGUCAGUCUAUUCUUGUUCUGAGAAAUGAAGGCUAUUCUAUGCGAGAAAUUGCCAAGUGACGGAAGAUCUUGUACAACGCUGUGUACUACUCCCUUCACAGAACAGCGCAAACUGGCUCUAACCAGAAUAGAAAGAGGAGUGGGAGGCCCCGGUGCACAAUUGAGCAAGAGGACAAAUACAUUAGAGUGUCUAGUUUGAGAAACAGGCGCCUCACAGGUCCUCAACUGGCAGCUUCAUUAAAUAGUACCCGCAAAAAAACAGUCUCAACGUCAACAGUGAAGAGGCGAACUCCGGGAUGCUGACCUUCUAGGCAGAGUUGCAAAGAAAAAGCCAUAUCUCAGACUGCCCAUCUAAAUAUUUUAUUUUUAUUGGCCAGUCUGAGAUAUGGCUUUUUCUUUGCAACUCUGCCUAGAAGGUCAGCAUCCCGGAGUCGCCUUUUAACUGUUGACGCUGAGACUGGUGUUUUGCGUUUAUAUUCUUGUUCAGUAUAUACACUGCUCAAAAAAAUAAAGGGAACACUAAAAUAACACAUCCUAGAUCUGAAUGAAUGAAAUAAUCUUAUUAAAUACCUUUUUCUUUACAUAGUUGAAUGUGCUGACAACAAAAUCACACAAAAAUGAUCAAUGGAAAUCAAAUUUAUCAACCCAUGGAGGUCUGGAUUUGGAGUCACACUCAAAAUUAAAGUGGAAAACCACACUACAGGCUGAUCCAACUUUGAUGUAAUGUCCUUAAAACAAGUCAAAAUGAGGCUCAGUAGUGUGUGUGGCCUCCAUGUGCCUGUAUGACCUCCCUACAACGCCUGGGCAUGCUCCUGAUGAGGUGGCAGAUGGUCUCCUGAGGGAUCUCCUCCCAGACCUGGACUAAAGCAUCCGCCAACUCCUGGACAGUCUGUGGUGCAACAUGGCGUUGGUGGAUGGAGCGAGACAUGAUGUCCCAGAUGUGCUCAAUUGGAUUCAGGUCUGGGGAACGGGCGGGCCAGUCCAUAGCAUCAAUGCCUUCCUAUUGCAGGAACUGCUGACACACUCCAGCCACAUGAGGUCUAGCAUUGUCUUGCAUUAGGAGGAACCCAGGGCCAACCGCACCAGCAUAUGGUCUCACAAGGGGUCUGAGGAUCUCAUCUCGGUACCUAAUGGCAGUCAGGCUACCUCUGGCGAGCACAUGGAGGGCUGUGCGGCCCCCCAAAGAAAUGCCACCCCACACCAUGACUGACCCACCGCCAAACCGGUCAUGCUGGAGGAUGUUGCAGGCAGCAGAACGUUCUCCACGGCGUCUCCAGACUCUGUCACGUCUGUCACAUGUGCUCAGUGUGAACCUGCUUUCAUCUGUGAAGAGCACAGGGCGCCAGUGGCGAAUUUGCCAAUCUUGGUGUUCUCUGGCAAAUGCCAAACGUCCUGCACGGUGUUGGGCUGUAAGCACAACCCCCACCUGUGGACGUCGGGCCCUCAUACCACCCUCAUGGAGUCUGCUUCUGACCGUUUGAGCAGACACAUGCACAUUUGUGGCCUGCUGGAGGUCAUUUUGCAGGGCUCUGGCAGUGCUCCUCCUGCUCCUCCUUGCACAAAGGCGGAGGUAGCAGUCCUGCUGCUGGGUUGUUGCCCUCCUACGGCCUCCUCCACGUCUCCUGAUGUACUGGCCUGUCUCCUGGUAGCGCCUCCAUGCUCUGGACACUACGCUGACAGACACAGCAAACCUUCUUGCCACAGCUCGCAUUGAUGUGCCAUCCUGGAUGAGCUGCACUACCUGAGCCACUUGUGUGGGUUGUAGACUCCGUCUCAUGCUACCACUAGAGUGAAAGCACCGCCAGCAUUCAAAAGUGACCAAAACAUCAGCCAGGAAGCAUAGGAACUGAGAAGUGGUCUGUGGUCACCACCUGCAGAACCACUCCUUUAUUGGGGGUGUCUUGCUAAUUGCCUAUAAUUUCCACCUGUUGUCUAUUCCAUUUGCACAACAGCAUGUGACAUUUAUUGUCAAUCAGUGUUGCUUCCUAAGUGGACAGUUUGAUUUCACAGAAGUGUGAUUGACUUGGAGUUACAUUGUGUUGUUUAAGUGUUCCCUUUAUUUUUUUCAGCAGUGUAUAUAGGCUACACACUAUGUGGUUGGAAUAAUACUGUGAAAUUGUGAAAAUGAUGAUAAUGCCCUUUUAGUGUAAGAGCUGUUUGAAAAGACUGCCUGAAAUUUUAGCUUGUUUUGCUGGGAUGGAGGUUUGGCCUGCCUGGUGACAUCCCCGGGCAGUAAAUUAGCUAAUAGACCAAUAAGAAAGACAGUUCCAGUUUUCCCCUCCCAACUCAGACCCCUCCCAGACAGUCCUAGCUAAAUUGCUCUUUGCUAAGAAGCUAUUUUUGUUGAUUUUUUUAAACAUUUGAAUUGAGAGCAAUCACAGUAAAGUACUUAAUUGAUACCCAGAAACGAUUUGAUAUUGAGAUAAAAACGGCUGCAUUGGACCUUUACCACCAAAACCGCCAUAGGCCAAUGGCCACUGACGUUUGAUUUUGUAAAUAAAUAAAAAACGGCAAAGAAAAAGCUAUGUCCUGCUCCUUCCCUGACUUUUUCUAAAUGUUUAUAUUUACAAUUUUUUAAUCACAAACAGAAAAGUAUUUAGAGCCUUUUUACCUGUUAUUUUCACACCUAUUCCCAAUUUAACCAGCCAAGACAAUGCGCUGUAGGACGUUGGUACCCAGCCAGGCGCUAAUGUGUCUCUCUCUCCUCACUGAAUGACUGAACGACAAAUGGAUGGAUGGGAGAUAAUUGUGCACGUUACUUCACAAUUUUAUUUAAAUUAGGCUCAACUGAAUGAUAUGGAGGGUGAAGAGGUUGAUUUAAUUUAAAUGAGUUUGUGUUAUGUCUAUUUAUCAGUUUUGGCGCUAAUGUUUAUAGCAAAUAAUUUGACAGCGCACCUUGUGGGUUGAUAUCAUUAUUUUUUACGUUUUAGAAGCUGAUACGGGACUGUUUUAUUUAGUGGCGCAGUGGUCUAAGGCACUGCAUCGCAGUGCUAGCUGUGCCACUAGAGAUCCUGGUUCGAAUCCAGGCUCUGUCGUAGCCGGCCGCGACCGGGAGACUCAUGGGGCGGCGCACAAUUGGCCCAGCGUCGUCCAGGGUAGGGGAGGGAAUGGCCGGCAGGGAUGUAGCUCAGUUGGUAGAGCAUGGUGUUUGCAACGCCAGGGUUGUGGGUUCGAUUCCCACGGGGGGCCAGUAUGAAAAAUAAAAUAAUGUAUGCACUCACUAACUGUAAGUCGCUCUGGAUAAGAGCGUCUGCUAAAUGACUAAAAUGUAAAUGUAAAAAUGUACUAAGCAAAGUUAUUGUAAGGGAAACGAAACAUGCUAUGUGUUGCUGUAGACCUUUAGAAUAAUGCAAAACAUAACAUAUCCUUGACGCUAUCUGAGUUGAUGAGCAAGGGGAAGCAAACAUGCCAGUCAGCCUGCGCAGUCGGCCUAUAUAAACUACCCCUAAACUAUACCGAAACUAAUUUCACACAUAAGAGUCAGCCUAAAGACAAUAGUUGUUUCAUUGUUCCCCUCUAAUCAGGGACUGAUUUAGACCUGGGACACCAAAUGGGAGCAAUUAAUUAUCAGUUCGAACAGAAAACCAGCAGGCUCCGGACCUAGUAGGGUAAGAGUUGAAUAUCCCUGGCCUAUAGCCUAUUUUCGACACCACUUCAAGCCAAUGACGCAUUAACAUUCCAACAGUCUAAUAAAUAGGAUAAUAUAUAGAACCUAGAUUUCAUAUAUGCUUUCGGAAGAAUAAUAAUUUGGUUGUGUUUAUGAAGGUCUUAGGUAUCAUUAGAAUACUAAAAAACUAUUAUUUCAAAGAACAUAAUAGUAUUUUCGUUAGAUUAUGUUACUCUAGGCUAAAAGUAAAAAAAAAAAAAAACCACCAGUUCAAGAGUUAAAUCCAUCACAAACAAAUCCAUUAUAAUUUUGUUUUGGCAGAUCUAAAGAAACACUGUGGAAAUAAGAAAACAACUGAAAAGCAUAUUUUAAGUUUAUUAUGUUCCUAGUCUUUGUUUUUAUUAGCCAGAGCAAUUUGGUUGCAUGAGUGGGCAUGUGCUGAAUGCAUGGACAGUGUGGAUAUUCUUGGAAAAAGUGAUACUAUAUAGAAAUCAGAACGUUUUACUUGCUUGUGACUCUGAAGGAGGAUUUGAUAAAGUGGUGCUCCUUUCCCUGCAUCUGCCAAUUCCAAGCUGCGCCUAUCUCUUCAUGUACAAUUUGACAACCCAUAAUAGUCACUCAUCAGACUAUUGUCAAUUUAAUCAUGUCUUUAGGCUGACUCUUAUGUGUGAAAUUAGUUUCGGUAUAGUUUAGGCGUAGUUUAUAUAGGCCGGCUGCGCAGGCUGACUGGCAUGUUUGCUUCCCCUUGCUCAUCAACUCGGAUAGCGUCAAGGGUAUGUUUGCAUUAUUCUAAAGGCCUACAGCAACACAUAGCAUGUUUCGUUUCCCUUACAAUAACUUUGCUUAGUAAUAGAGUUAUAGUAAAUAAAACAGUCCCGUAACAGCUUCUAAAACGUAAAAGAGAAUGAUAUCAACCUGCAAGGUGCGCUGUCAAAUUAUUUGCUAUAAACAUUAGUGCCAACACUGAUAAAUAGACAUAACACAAACUCGUUAAAUUAAAUCAACCUCUUCACCCUCCUUAUCAUUCAGUUGAGCCUAAUUUAAAUAAAAUUGUGAAGUAAUGUGCACAAUUAUCUCCCAUCCAUCCAUUUGUCGUUCAGUCAUUCAGUGAGGAGAGAGAGACACAUUAGCGCCUGGCUGGUUAAGUUGGGAAUAGAUGUGAGAAAAAAAACAGGUAAAAAGGCUCUAAAUACUUUUCUGUUUGUGAUUUAAAAAUUCGGACAAAUGAGCCAUGUAAAAUACAAAUAUUUAGAAAAAGUCAGGAAAGGAGCAGGACUUUUUCUUAGCCGUUUUUUUUUAAUUUAUUUACAAAAUCAAACGUCAGUGGCCAUUGGCCUAUGGCGGUUCUGGUGGUAAAGGUCCAAUGCAGCCGUUUUCAUCUCAAUAUCAAAUAAUUUCUGGGUAUCAAUUAAGUACCUUACUGUGAUUGCUCUCAAUUAAAAUGGUAAAAAAAUAUAUAAAACAAAUAGCUUCUUAGCAAAGAGCAAUUUACCUAGGACUGUCUGGGAGUGAUCUGAGUUGGGAGGGGAAAACUGUAACUCUCUUUCUUAUUGGUCUAUUAGCUAAUUUACUGCCCGGGGAUGUCACCAGCAGUCUUUUCAAACAGCUCUUACACUAAAAGGGCAUUAUCAGCAUUUUCACAAUUUCACAGUAUUAUUCCAACCUCAUAGUGUGUAGCCUAAAUAUAUACUGAACAAGAAUAUAAACGCAACAUGCAACAAUUUCAACGAUUUUACUGAGUCACAGUUCAUAUAAGGAAAUCAGUCAAUUGAAAUAAAUUCAUUAGGCCCUAAUCUAUGGAUUUUCACAUGACUGGGCAGGGGCACUCACUUCACAUGACUGGGCACUCACUUGGGAGCCAGACCCACCCACUGGGGAGCCAGGCCCAGCCAAUCAGAAUGAGUUUUUCCUCACAAAAGGGCUUUAUUAAAGACAGAAAUACUCCUGUUUCAUCAGCUGUCCGGGUGGCUGGUCUCAGACAAUCCCACAGGUGAAGAAGCUGGAUGUGGAGGUCUUGGGCUGGAUUGGUUAAUGUGGUCUGCGGUUGUGAGGCCAGUUGGACGUACUGCCAAAUUCCCUAAAACGACGUUGGAGGCGGCUUAUGGUAGAUAAUUGAACAUUCCUGCAGUCAGCAUUCCAAUUGCACGCUCCCUCAAAAGUUCAGACAUCUGUGGCAUUGUGUUGUGUGACAAAACUGCACAUUUUAGAGUGGCCUUUUAUUGUCCCCAGCACAAGGUGCACCUGUGUAAUGAUCAUGCUAUUUAAUCAGCUUCUUGAUAUGCCACACCUGUCAGGUGGAUGGAUUACCUUGGCAAAGGAGAAAUGCUCAUUAACAGGGAUGUAAACAAAUUUGUGCACAGAUUUUGAGAGAAAUACACUUUUUGUGCGUAUGGAAAAUUUCAGGGAUCCUUUAUUUCAGCUCAUGAAACAUGGGACCAACACUGUAUUUUUGUUCAGUAUAUAGACACAGGGAAAAUACGUUUUUGACUGCACUGGGCCUUUAAAGAACCCUUUGGGUUCUACCUGGAACCAAAAAGGGUUUUCCAACAAGGGCAGUCAAAUAACCCUUUAUGGUCCUAGAUAACACCUUUUAUUCUAAGGUGCAUGGAUUUUGGUGCAUGAUGUUGGUAUUAAAGUAAAGGUUCACCCAUUUUGAAUAUUAUAUUGUUUUUGUGCAUCUCUGAUAGAUGUUCUAUCGAUUCCCUGGGUCAUUUCAUGUUUUCAUGUUAUCUGAGUUAUUGGCGUUCAAGCAGGCAGAAAUCCGGCCGUUUGACGUAGCACCGUAACAAAGUCUCUCUCACUACACUGGAAGUUAAUAGGAAUACGACUUUUACAUCGCGAAAACGUCUAUCAUACAUGUCAGAUUUCAAUACUGGCCGAUGUCAUAACUCGGGAUGAUGUCUUCUCUCGAGUGAGCCAUUGAUCAUAUUUUUUGCGAUAUUCCUACCUUGAGAAAUGUGUAAUUUAACGGAGCGUCUAGCCCAUUUUUCCUAUUUGUCUGCCUCUUUAGUCCAGGGUGCAUUGCAUGGUGCUGUUGUCAGCGAUACUAUAGAAAGGAGAUAGGAAUCCAAUGAAUGACGAACCGUAUAACGCCCCACCCAGCAGACUGUCGACCAAUCGCGUUCACGUUGCCAUGCUGUGUCACGCAGUUGCUAAACUAAUCGUCACGCAAUCCCUUCUCAAUAUCAGUGUAUGUGUCGAGAAACGUGUUUAUUUUCUUCUUAAGUACGUAAUGUCACGAUUCCAAAGCUAUACAAUACUACACAUAGCAAGUGAAUUAUCUCAUAUUUCUGAAAAUAUUUGUUCUAAAUUGAUAGUGCAGCUAACUAUCUACGUUACAUGCUAAUAUUGUCUUUGGUAUUAUUGUGUGUAGCUACGUUUGCUAGCUAACUAGCUACGUAGCUAGCUAGCCAGUCAGCCCAUAGAGAGAGCAUUGCAUUGUGGAUUUUGUAGUCGAUUUGAGCUGCAACAGAUUUCCACAACAAUUUUCCAUGUUGCUACCAACCUUAUUAUAACGCCAAAAUGAAACAUUUGUCUACAAAAAACAUUGUUCUCACAUAUUAGUGAUAUUUAACACUGUACAUUAAAGGAAUUAGUGGUUUUGGGUGGAUUUUUCCUUUAAUGUCUGUGGGUAUGUCCACAGAGAGAUCUUUUGUCUGAAAAUUAUGGAUUGAGAUAAUCGUUUUUCAAUAGGAGUCAUCCGUUGAUGGCUAAUGGACAACAGAAAUGAUUGACCUUUGUACUUACAGUAUGCAACUGGUCCAGAAAAAUGAAAUGAGCUAAACCUUUUAAGGACAAAAACGGACAAUGAAAAAUGUAUGCGUUUUCAAAUGCUUUCAUAUGUUUCUGUGUGGCCAUUCGUGUUACACAUUUUUAUGAUGAUUGAUCUUAUAUCUCCUCUCUCAGGAGUCAGGAUCCUCUUGGCUGGACAGUGUCCUCGCUCAUCUGGCUGACAUCAUUCUACUGGAGGACACUCCGUCCAUCCAGAUGGAGGUUGCUGUUCUGGUGAAGGAGUUUCCAGACAUACGGUAAAGGUUUCAAUCAUUCGGGGAAUACAGUAUAGAGCAGUGUUUAGAAAGUCCAGAGUUGGGAAACAAUGAUAUACAGUGAACGAAUUUGCCAAGUGUCAUUCAUUGGUCACCAUUUCCUAUAUAUGCAAUGCCACAGUACACAGAACCUACAUUCCACGGUGCAGUUUCAUAAGUGCUGUUUUUGGCGUGUAGACAAAGGUGCACAAUUCAAGUCCACAUAUACACUGAGUGUAUAAAACACUAGGAACACCUUCCUACUAUUGAAUUGCACCCCCCUUUCCCCUCAGAACAGCCUAAAUUUCCACAGGGAUGCUGGUCCGUGUUGACUCCAAUGCUUCUCACAGUUGUGUCAAGUUGGCUGGAUGUUCUUUGGUUGGUGGACCAUUCUUAAAUACAUACGGGAAACUGUUGAGCGUGAAAAAUGCAGCAAUGUUACAGUUGUUGAGACACUCAAACCGAUGCGUCUAGUAUACUACCAUACCCCGUUCAAUGGCACUUCAAUCCUUUGUCUUGCCAAUUCACCCUCUGAAUGGCACACAUGCACAAUCCAUGUCUCAAUUGUCUCAAGGCUUUAAAAUCCUUCUUUAACCUGUCUCCUCCCCUUCAUCUACACUGAUUGAAGUGGAUUUAACAAGUGACAUUAAUAAGGGAUCAUAGCUUUCACCUGGUCAGUCUAUAUCAUGGAAAGAGCAGGUGUUCGUAAUGUUUUGUGCACUCAGUGUAGUCUUUCUUUUGACACAAUGGGUCAACACAAGGAAAAGAAGCACAGAAACAUACUUACAUUAACCCUGCUAUUCUUGGAGAGGACCAAGGGGAUGUUUUGAGUGGCAGAGGCUGGGGAGCCUCACAAGGUACUGUCCCUGGCCCCUCGUUGUUUGUGUGUUUCGUGGGGUGAGCUGCUGGCCGGCUAGCUGGCAGCGUACCCAAUGUGUGACGCAUGAUGCGUGGCCCGGGAGACAGGAAGCUGCUGCGGAGUAUUUCCUGUUCCUACCACCCUGCGGGAGACAGUCUGGUGCCAUGCUCUGGAAUCAAAUGAUGGAGCGAGAGGAGGUCGAUACGAUCUUAACUCAUUCAGGCACAAGGAGUGCCUGCAAGUAGCUGCCUUUUGUUUUCUUGCUCGCAACUGGUAUUUUCGGAGAUCAAAGUCUGCAGUUCACCACUGGGACUCCCCCAUAUGUCCCAUUAGUUCCUACAUCAGCCCUUCAUCCCCCCCAUCCACUGUUUACCACCUUUGUUUACUGUCUCGGUCAGCUUCACCCCACCCUUCAUUGCUUUGUGAACAAAUACUUAUCCUUGUUCAUAUUGAAACAUGUACCGGGUGAAGACAAUUAAGGUUUUGUCACAUCUUUGUUGAAUCGUGUCCAAUUGGCGUGAAAUAUACAUUAUCUUUUAUCAAUAGAUCAACUGAACAUAAUAAGUCAUGGCCCUUUGCUCUGCAUAAUUGAAUCAUGAAUCAGCAUCAAAACCACUGAAACGCACUAACACCAGUCUCUAUCUUCCCUCCCUUUCCUCCCCCUCUCUCCCUCCCUUCAUCCUCCCUGCAGGAAGAAGCACAUCUCCACCCUGCUGAACGUGCGGGGGAUGAUGCAUCAGGCGGAGCGCCAGGAGAUCCUGAACAUAGUCAGAGACUUCGAGAGCAGUGACAGCUCUGCCCUGCUAUGCAGGGAUCACGUCCUCUUCUCAGACAUCCCCGUCACCUCCGAGGUGCACUGCAUCAACCUGGGCCUCAUCCGCGUUGCCAUGACCCUUGCCAACUGGUUUUCAGAGGCCCGGCCUCGACGGCACCGCAGGAGAACCCCCAGGAACAGAACCACGCUGCCACCGGAACCCCCGACCGAGGAGAAGGAUAUGGAUGAUGAUUGA